GUGGAGGGGGCAGCGCGGGAAGGAGGGCGAGGAGCCAGCAUCUGGGACGUGUUCGCCCGCACGCCAGGAAGGACACACAACGGGGACACAGGUGACGUGGCGUGCGAUCAAUACCACCGAUACGAGGAGGACGUGGCACUGAUGAGGCAUUUGGGCUUCUCAGCCUACCGCUUCUCCAUCAGCUGGUCGCGCAUCCUCCCGUCGGGCCAGCAGCCAGUGAACCAGGAGGGCGUGGAGUAUUACAACCGCCUCAUCGACUGCUUGCUCCGUAAUGGCAUCACGCCGUGUGUGACGCUCUUCCACUGGGACCUGCCGCAGGCACUGGAGGAGGAGUUUGGCGGAUUCAGAGGCGAGGCCAUCGUUGGUGCAUUCAGGGACUAUGCACGACUGUGCUUCUCCCUGUUCGGCGACCGAGUGCCAUACUGGAUCACCUUCAACGAGCCCUACACCUUUGCCACCAAGGGCUACGCCGUGGGGGACUUUGCGCCCGGGCGCUGCUCCGACCGGCAGUGCUGUGCGGAGGGCGAUGGGGCGGUGGAGCCGUAUGUGGUGGUGCACCACAUGCUGCUGGCUCACGCUGCUGCUGUGGACUGUUAUAGGAGGGAAUUCGAGCCACAGCAGGGGGGGCAAAUCGGCAUUGCGGUGGACAGCGAAUGGGCGGAGCCUUUCUCUCAGCACCCAGAUGACGUGGCAGCUGCUGAUAGGCGCAUGCAGUUCAACCUCGGAUGGCUGCUGCACCCCAUAUUCUUUGGCGCCUAUCCACCCGCCAUGCGCCACUACGUGGGCCCCCGCCUGCCCUCCUUCUCCCCCUUACAAGCUGCCUCGCUUAAAGGCAGUGUGGACUUUGUGGGGCUCAACCACUACACGUCCAGAUACAUUGCACAUGCAGAUGCGCGAGAGGGGGGCGAGAAAGGCAGGCUGUGGAGCUACUUUGAUGAUCAGCAUGUUACCGUUCAUGUUGAACGUGAUGGCCGCCUGAUUGGCCAGCAGGCGGCGUCCCCAUGGCUGUACGAGGUGCCGUGGGGCUUCCAGAAGCUGCUCAUGCACAUCACCACCACAUACGGGGCACCACCCAUCUACAUCACAGAGAAUGGUCUAGAUGAAGGGGACGACCCAUCGCUGCCGCUGCACGUGGCCACCAGUGACCCGCACCGCAUCCGCUACUACCACGCGUACCUCUCGCAUCUUCUCCGCGCAAUAAGUGACCUGCAUCGUAUCCGCUUCUACCACGCGUAA